CUCUCCCCAACAUCCUCACAUCACGAUUUCUUCUACAUCCUUUCACGACAUUCCUACUCCCACCUAAGCUAUCUCCCAGUUCUCUCAAUAACAACCACAUUCCAAGACACAAUGACGCCCGAUUUGGCCGCCUCCUCCCCGGCGAACCAUCGCAGUCUGCCACCCGACGACGUCUGGAUUGAUUACGAUGGCACCGGCCCCGAAUUCUGGAUGGAAGAAGAGGGCUUCACUGCUGCUGGAGAGGGAAUGGGAAGGCCCCAGACUCCGGAAUCACCCUGGACUGGUGAUAAUGAGAUCUGGAUUGAAGGAGAUGAGGAAUAUGGAGAGGAAGAAGAAGAGGAAGAAGACGAGUCCGAGGACGAAAUGGAAGAAGACUCAACUGAUGAUGGAAUGGAAGAAGACUGUACUGAUGAAGAAAUGGAAGAUGCCCCGACUGAAAUGGGAGAGGAAGGAAAGCGCGCUGAAGGAGGAGAGGAAGGAUUCUAGACUGAAGAAGGAGAGGAUGAAUAAAUGGGCUCGGAAUUGCAAAUGAGCAGAUUGAUUGAUACAUGUAUACUUGGGGAGUGAAUGAUCAUAGGGGAAGAAGGCUGGUGGAGAGGACUGAAGUUUUCGUGUGUUCUCGGAGGGGGUACGCAUAUUAUAAAUGUACUAUUUGUGUCGUUUCU